AUGGGCUACCAUUUGCUUAUAAUUGUGCUUGCUGCCCAUAUGCUUAUAAUUGUGCUUGCUAUCGCCACAUUUUUCAUCAUCUCAAUAUUUAGAUUCCUAUUUCCCCUUCAAUGUGAGCAUGGAAAAGCUAAACCCGAGAAAAAGGCGACCAAGGCUGGAGAUGUGUUUUCAAUUUGGAAUUAUGAUGGUAGAAUUGCAUUUGAAGACAUGAUUGAAGCAACAGAGGACUUUGACAUCAAAUACUGCAUCGGAACUGGGGGUUACGCUAGUGUUUACAGGGCACAACUAUCAAAUGGCAGAGUAGUUGCUUUGAAGAAGCUUCACAGUUUAGAAACUGAGGAGUCAACUUUCCUCAACAGUUUCCAAAACGAGGCCCAUGUACUAUCCAACUUACGACAUCGAAAUAUUAUUAAGCUUUAUGGAUUUUGUUUGCAUAAAAAAUGCAUGUUUUUAAUUUAUGAGUACAUGGAGAGGGGAAGCCUGUUUUGUGUUCUACGCAACGAUGAUGAAGCUAUUGAGUUGGAUUGGAGUAAGAGGGUGAACAUAGUUAAGAAUAUGGCACAUGCUUUGUCUUACUUACAUCAUGAUUGCACUCCAUCAAUUGUUCAUCGUGACAUAUCAAGCAACAACAUUCUACUAAACUCAGAAUUGGAAGCAUUUAUUGCUGACUUUGGGUUGGCUAGACUUCUACAUCCUGACUCCUCCAAUAGAACCAUAUUAGCCGGAACUUAUGGAUAUAUAGCCCCAGAACUUGCUUACACCAUGAUUGUGACUGAGAAAUGUGAUGUUUAUAGUUUUGGAGUAGUGGCACUUGAAGCAUUGAUGGGUUGUCAUCCAGGAGAACUACUUUCAUCAGUAUCAUCUUCUUCUAAUCAAAAUAUGAUGCUUAUUGAUAUGUUAGACCCACGCCUUUCACCUCCUGCAGACACAAUGGUCAUGCAGGAUAUUGCUCUUAUUUCAAGAAUAGCAUUUGCUUGCUUACGUUCCAAGCCAAAGUCACGACCUACAAUGUAUCGUGUGUCUCAUGAAUUUCUUGGCCGCAAGACACCAUUGACAAAACCUUUUCAUGAGAUUUCCAUCUCAGAGAUGAGAAACCAAAAUAUAUAUGCAAUUGAUGAAUCCGAGGGUUAAGCAUGGAUGUGUUUCACUGUUCUAUGAGCACUCACAUGAGCGGAACUUGGAAUCUGAGCUCGUUAAGCAACCUAAAGGGAUCAUAAAGUUCCGUGGUGGGCCAGUCUCAGUUGCAGAGUAUAUGGAGGAAGUUCUGACAAAUCCUAAGGCUGGGUUCUAUAUCAAUCGUGAUGUAUUUGGAGCAGAAGGUGAUUUUGUAACCUCACCUGAAGUAAGCCAGAUGUUUG